AUGUGCAUCUUGCUUGAUACGCUUGCACAGUUGCCUCCUGACAGCUGCAAGGCUGACACUGAUGGAAUCUGUGUGUUUAAAUGCUUGGUUAACAGAGACACUGAAUACUGUCACGUGGGAAAACAGUCUGUGUUAAUUACACUGGGAUACAACAGUGCCUUGCUCCAGUUCAGGUCACAAGCUGAAUACAAUGCAUUUUUAAAUGCGUUAAAGAGAUGCCGUAUCCAAAAGAAGGAGAACUCUGUGUUCAGUCAGCGAACAGAUGAAGCAUCUGCUGCUCAGUAUUUUCAGUUUUAUGGUUGUCUGUCCCAACAACAGAAUGUGAUGCAGGAUUUUGUGAGGAUGGCCACUUACCACAGAGUUUUCCUACAGGACCACAUAGAUUUCACAGACAAGGUGGGCCUAGAAGUUGGCUGCGGAUCAAGAAUCCUUUCAUUUUUUGCAGCGCAGGCUGGAGCGAGAAAAGUCUAUGCAGUUGAAGCCAGUUCAAAAUAUGCAGAACUGUUGGUGAGAAGCAACAACCUUUCUGACAAGAUCACAGUACUGUUUGGAAAAGUUGAGGAGAUCUCCCUUCCUGAGAAUGUUGAUGUGGUAAUUUCUGAACCGAUGGGUUAUAUGCUGUUCAAUGAAAGGAUGUUGGAAAGUUACCUCCAUUCCAUAAAAUGGUUGAAGUCAAAUGGAAUGAUGUUCCCAACUUACAGUGACAUUCAUUUGGCUCCGUUUUCUGAUGCGCAGCUGUACAUGGAACACUACUCCAGAGCCAAUUUUUGGUACCAAGAAUGCUUUUAUGGGGUCAACUUGUCCGGUCUGCGCAGUGCAGCUGUGGAUGAGUAUUUCCAACAACCUAUUGUGGAUACUUUUGAUGUGAGAAUUCUGAUGGCCCGGACAGCGAAGUACACUAUUAACUUCAUUGAAGCUGCCAAGGAAGAUUUGCACGGAGUUGAAAUCCAUUUUGUUUUCCAAAUGAUGCAGUCGGGACUCAUCCAUGGCCUGGCCUUCUGGUUUGAUGUGGAAUUUGUAGGAUCUCUCUAAAUAGUUUUUCUCUUUUGUUUUAGGGGAACUGUUUGGUUGUCCACUGCACUGACAGAACCUCUCACUCACUGGUAUGAAGUACGCUGCCUUCUUCAGACUCCCCUCUUUGCUAAAGGAGGGGAAACUCUCUCAGGGAAAGUCUUACUUGUUGCCAAUAAGCAACAAAGUUAUGAUAUUCAGAUUGUGGCUAUGGUGGAACAAACAGGAUUUAAAUCUGGUAACACUCUUGAUUUAAAGAACCCAUUUUUUUAG